UUUUUUGUUGCCUAAGAUCUAAGGCUUCUUCCUCAUUUUGUUUGAGAGGAAGAGAGAAUCAGAGGCCAUUCUUCCAGAGGAUUUAACCACAUUACGUUCUAAAGUAUAAAAUCUCAAGUCGUUAAUAUUCCCUUAGGAAUUGGGUUUGGAGGCACCCCAAUUCCCAGACCAACGGUUUGAUUUAUUGGUGCCUCUGAAUCUCUCAAACGUGGGACUCACAACAACCUAAGUUAUAUUACACUGUUUGUGUUGUUUUUAAGGGUUGAAAAUGCUGGGAGAUUUCAUUAAUCGAAUCCUUAUACUCGCUCUGGGGUAUGCAUACCCUGGAUUCGAAUGCUAUAAAACUGUGGAGAAAAAUAGGGUUGAUAUUGAGGAACUUCGUUUCUGGUGUAAAUACUGGAUCAUAGUGGCCCUUUUCACUGUACUGGAAAAGUUUACAGAUUUUUUUGUUGGAUGGUUGCCAAUGUAUGGAGAGAUGAAGCUGGUGCUCUUUGUCUACUUGUGGUAUCCCAAAACUAAGGGAACAGGAUAUGUUUACGAAGUUGUGUUACGACCCAUUGUGUCAAAGCAUGAAAAUGACAUUGAUAGGAAAUUGCUAGAGUGGAGGGCUAGAGCAUGGGAUUUUAUCAUAUUUUAUUGGCAAUAUUGUGCCAAAUUUGGCCAAACUGCAUUUGUUCAGGCUCUUCAGCACGUGGUUUCUCAAUCCUCCAAAAUUUCCACCCACAAUAAGAAAAACGGAAGUGCCGCAGAAGAGCCCUCAACCCAAAGCGAAACCCAAGCCUCGUUGAUGAAGCAAAGCAGCAGCCUAAGCAAAAGCAAGAAGUGGCCUCCGAGCCCCCCUGCCACCCCAACCAAGGCAACGAUCCACCGCAACAUCUCCAUACCAAAGAAGACCAAAACCGUGGAGGUUCGGGGCGAGGAAGAGGCUUGGGACGCCGAACCUGUAGCUAUGGACGACGAAGGCGCCAGCAUCAAAGACAAAAUCAGCGCCGCACGUGCCAGGCUCAGACGGUUGGACUCAAACCCAAACAGUCCUCGAACCCCGCGAACCCCCACACACAAUAAUAAACUUCAGUAACAACAACAACAAUUGUACAUACUCAAACUCUAUCUCAUUCCUCGAAAAAAGAAAUUAAUAAUAAACGGGGAAUUGAAAUUAUUCAAAAUUCAAAUUACAAAUUAGUUCUGCUUCUCAAAAAUUGUGAUUCGUUGAUAUAUGUAUACACUUUGAUCCCAGUGACGACAUAUACAUUUGGAAUUUGCAAUAAGAAGGAAUUUUUAAUUUUUA